CAUUACUAUCGCUUUAUCGUUACAUACCGUGUUUCCCUAAUUUGGCGACAUAUAAAAAGUGCACUUUUGUCUCUUUUGAUUAACAGUUACAUUUCAAAUUUCACAUUGUAAAGACUUAGGGAGGGAGACUUACGAAUAUCAAAAAACUCGAUGAUGCGUUUGUUAGUGUUUUUACUAUUUGUAGGGGUGGCGCUGGCGGCGCCACAAGGCUACAACUAUCAAUUAAAUUACGCUCCCAACAAUGGCGGGGCCUUGACAUAUUCACAAGUACAGAUACUACAGCAGUUCGCUAGUCAACAUGAACAAUCAGUCGUACAACAACAAACCGCAAACAUUUCGGAGCAACAAGCUCCUGUUCAGACUCAUAAUAUUGCACCAGCUGGAGGCUCGCAAUUCGCCAAUCAGUUAAUACAACUAGCAAGCCACGGACAACAACAGCAACAAUUACCGCAAUCACAGGGGGUUUCAGAGGUGUCACAGUCUCAGACACAGAGUUUCUUACAGUCCCAACCACAAGCCCUGCCCGUGCCACAACCUCUCGCUCUACCGCAACCACAACCUCAAGUCCAGCCACAGAUACCAUCUCCGCUGCCAGUUCAACAACAGUUGCAAAUUUCGGCACUGCCACAACCUCAACCCGAGCCUUUGCCACAACUUCAAGAAGAAUCACAACCUCAAACUCAAUUUUUGCCUCAGGCUCAAUACCAACCAGAGCCGCAGUCUCUGCCUCAAUCUCAGCAACAAAUUAAACCGCAAUCUUUCCAACAGUCUCAACCCCAACCUCAAUUUGUACAGCAGGUUCAACCCACGGUGCAGCUACAGCCACAGCCACAACUUUUACUGCAUCCACAACCGCAACCCCAACUCUCACUACAGUCUCAACCCGAAUCACAAGAACAACAAUCAUCCGCCCCUCAGCGCUUGCCACAGCCAGCUCAAUCGAUACAUUUACAGCAGGCAUCUGCACUCCUUCGCGCACCCGAACCUGCAUACUACAACAAGGAGUACUACUAUCUUUCUGCACCUCAGGAAAACUAUGAACUCCCAUAUAACUUCAAUGAUCAAUUAAACAAAAUGAAAAAGAAUCUUCGCGUUGUUUUCAUCAAAGCGCCGGAACAGAAUGGCCUUGCAAAGGCAGCCUUGCAGUUGGUGAAGGAUAGCCAGCAACCAGAGACGGCCAUUUACGUGCUAACGAAGCAACAUAGUGCCACUGAAUUGGCUAAGAAAUUACAACAAUUACCCGCCACAGCACAACAUAAACCCGAAGUGAUAUUCAUCAAGUAUCGCACGCGUCAGGAGGCUGAGCAUGCGCAGCGUACUAUUCAAUCGCAAUACGAAUCGCUCAAUGGACCCAAUCACUUCAAUUUCGAAAACGUUGUGCCAACGCAUAAUUUUAUUAAAUCCCCGGCAGCCAUACUUGUAGAGCCACGCCAGCGCUUGACGGAGAAGAAUGCCGUUACAAAUGCGGCUACAUCGACGCCCCUCGAUUAUCUCCCGCCUGCGGAGUGAAGUAUUUCAAUUUUAUUUGGUAGUUAAUUUAUGUGUGUAAAUAUAAUAUAUGUGUUUUUGUUGUACGCUUAGAUUUAAUAAAAGUUUUAUAAUUCAUUUAAAUUAUAG